AUGCCGUCCAUGCCGCCUGUUUCUAUCACCAUUGACCGCGGUGGCACCUUCUGCGAUGUAUGGGCGCACACGGCCGACGGCAAAGAGAUCGUCUUCAAGCUCUUGUCCGUCGACCCUGCGUCUUAUCCAGACGCACCAACCGAAGGCAUCAGACGGGUGCUGGAGCAGCUCUCUGGACAGCCGAUACCCAAGGGCCAACCCAUCGACGGUAGUCUGAUCGAAUCAGUGAGAAUUGGAACCACCGUGGCCACAAAUGCCCUGCUGGAACGCAAGGGAGAGCGCUUCGCCCUGCUGACCACCGAGGGCUUUCGGGACAUCUGUCGCAUCGGGGACCAGACCAGACCGGAUCUGUUUGACCUCAACAUCCGCAAGCCGGGCGUGCUCUACUCCAAGGUCAUUGAGAUUGCCGAACGCGUGACUGUCGAAGACUACGUUCUCAACCCCCAUCCCGCCGAGAUUGACUUGUCCGACCCCGACCUCGUCAAGACGUCGAGCGGAGAGGUCAUCCGGAUACUGAAGAGACUCGAUAGCUCUGCCGUCAGGGAACAGCUUCGCCACCUCUACGAUGAAGGCUUCCGCUCCUUGGCCAUCGGCUUCAUACACUCCUAUCUCUUCCCUGAUCACGAACAGGCAGUUGCUCGGAUUGCGCGCGAGAUCGGCUUCGAGCACGUCUCGCUAUCCUCGGAGCUGAGUCCCAACAUCAAGAUCCUGCACCGCACCACCUCUGCAUGUGCGGAUGCGUACCUCUCCCCAACGGUCAAGAAGUAUGUGGACGGCUUCAUUUCUGGUUUUUCCAUUCUUCCAAAGAGGGUCGACUUUAUGCAGUCAGACGGCGGUCUCAGCGCGGCCUCGAAGUUCACCGGACUGAAGGCCAUCUUGAGUGGGCCCGCCGGCGGAGUCGUCGCGAUUGCCCGAACAUGCUACGAUCCGUCUGAGGGUACUCCCGUCGUCGGAUUCGACAUGGGAGGAACAAGUACAGACAUCAGCCGCUUCGACAAGAUGUUCGAGCACGUUUUCAACACCACCAUCAGCGGCACUACCAUAACGACGCCCAUGCUGGAUGUGAAGACGGUCGCGGCUGGCGGCGGAUCCAUCCUGAGCUGGAAAAACGGUCUUUUUGUUGUCGGCCCAGAGAGCGCCGGUGCUCACCCGGGCCCAGCGUCGUACCGGAAAGGCGGCCCCCUCACCAUCACAGAUGCCAAUCUGUUUCUGGGCAGGCUCGUGCCGGAGAAGUUCCCUUCUUAUUUCGGCCCGCACGCAAACGAGCCUCUUGACGUCGACGUCGUGAAGCAAAAGUUCCACGAACUGACUGCCGAGAUCAACGCUAAUCUGGAGAACAAGCUGACUCCCGAGGACGUGGCUUCCGGCUUCCUCGCCAUGGCCAACGAGACCAUGAGCCGUCCGAUCCGCAACAUCACCGAGGCCAGGGGGUUUGCCAUCAGCAAGCACAACCUGGCCAGCUUCGGGGGCGCCGGUGGCCAGCAUGCCUGCGCCAUCGCCCGGAUUCUGGGCAUGCCGAGGAUUAUCAUCCACAAGUACUCGUCCAUCCUCUCCGCGUACGGAAUUGGUUUGGCCGACAUCGUGUCUGAGACGGCGGUCCCCGCGGCGUACGCCUUCUCGGAAGAGGUAUUGGGCACGGUGCUUGCGAGUUUUGAAGAGCUGAAAGCCCAGACUACGGCGGAACUGAUCGCUCAAGGAGUGCAAAGUGAGCUAGUGGAUCAUGAAUGCUACCUGAGCAUGCGGUAUGAAGGGUCGGACACGAACUUGUCCAUUCUGCAACCGCAGGACAAUGACUUCGGCACGGCAUUUGUCGAAGCCCAUCGGCGUGAGUUUGCUUUCGAGAUGGCCAAGCGUCCCAUCGUCGUCGACGCCAUCAGGGUCCGAGGGGUCGGAAAGAGCAGAGAAGAAGCUGUGUCGCGCCCAUCCAUUUUCCAGGAGCUACAAAACAUUGGUGACGGUGUUUUUCCGGAGACGACAGCUACCAAACACGUCUUCAUCGACGGCAGCUGGCAGGACGUGCCGGUGUACGAGCUGGCCAGCCUGUCACCAAAGUCAACCUUCACCGGCCCCGCGCUUGUCAUCGACAACACGCAAACAAUCUUGGUGGAAACAGGCUGCAGGGUUUCGGUCCUCGACUCGCACCUCGUCAUCGAUCUGGCCAGCAAAGAGACGGCUGGCCUGGAUGCGGACUCUGCUAUAAACCCGGUCGAGCUCUCCACCUUCGCCAGCAGAUUCAUGUCCAUUGCAGAGCAGAUGGGCAACACGCUGCAGCGUACAUCCAUCAGUACCUCGAUCAAAGAGAGGCUCGACUUCUCCUGUGCCCUGUUCACCCCCGACGGCAAGCUCGUCGCCAACGCUCCCCACAUCCCAAUUCACCUGGGCUCCAUGCAAUUCGCCAUCCAACAUCAACACUCCCUCUGGGCCGGCAAGCUCCAACCCGGCGACGUCUUACUCACCAACCACCCCGACUGCGGCGGCACGCACCUGCCCGACCUCACCGUCGUCACCCCCGUCUUCGCCUCGGGCGAACUCAUCUUCUACGUCGCCUCCCGCGGGCACCACACCGACAUCGGCGGCAUCGGCAUCACAAGCAUGGUCCCCGACUCCAAGUUCCUCUGGCAGGAAGGACUCGCCGUGAAAUCCCUCCGCAUCGUGCACCGCGGCGUCUUCGACGAGCAAACAGUCCGCAAAGCCUUCCUCGACGUCGUCUCCUACGGGCCGGGCUGCAGCGUCACCCGCCGCCUCGACGACAACAUCUCGGACCUCAAAGCCCAAAUCGCCGCCAACCAGCGCGGCAUCACCCUCCUGCACUCCAUGUGCGCCGAGGCCGGCAUCCCGCGCGUCCAAAAAUACAUGUACGCCAUCCAACGCACCGCCGAGCACGCCGUGCGCGCCCUCCUCCGCCGCAUCGCCGCCAAACACCAACCCGCCUCCUCCCCGCCCUCCGCCCCCGUCCUCCUCACCGCCACCGACUUCUACGACGACGGCACCCCCCUCACCCUCCACCUCACCAUCCACCCCGCCACCGGCUCCGCAACCUUCGACUUCACCGCCCCCACAACGGGCUCCCAAACCCUCGGCAACAUGAACUGCCCCCCCAGCAUCACCCACUCCGCCAUCAUCUACACCCUCCGCACGCUCCUCACCCCCACCACCACCACCUCCUCGUCCCCCACCACCUCCUCAUCCUCCUCUCUAUCCAUCCCCCUCAACCAAGGCGCCCUCGCCCCCAUCACCAUCCGCCUCCGCCCCGGCUCCAUCCUCUCCCCCACCUCCCCCCUCGCCAUCUGCGGCUCCACCAUCUCCUCCCAACGCGUCGUCGACGUCAUCCUGCGCGCACUCGGCAUCUGCGCCGCCAGCCAAGGCUGCGCCAACAGCUUCGGCUGGGGCGCCGGCGGGUUGGAUCCAGUAACUGGGACCGUCGCGCCGGGGUGGAACUACGGCGAGGCGUUGGGGGGAGGGAGCGGGGCGGGGGAAGGGUGGGCGGGGGCGGACGCGGUGCAGGUGCAUUCGACGAACACGCAGACGACGGACGUGGAGGUGGUGGAGAGGCGGACGCCGGUGGUGGUGAGGAGGUGGGGGGUGAGGGUGGGGAGUGCGGGGAGGGGGAGGUGGAGGGGCGGCGAGGGCGUGGUGAGGGAGGUGGAGGCGAGGGUGGGGGGGUUGAGGUUUAGCAUUCUGAGUGAGAGGAGGGUGUACAGUCCGUAUGGGAUGGGGGGUGGGGGGGAUGGAGGGGUGGGCAGGAAUUAUUGGGUGAGGAGGGGGCAGGACGGCGGCGAGGAGUGGGUUUCGUUGGGGGGGAAGGCCGUGGUCGAUGUCGCGGCUGGGGAGCGCGUUGUCGUUUGUACGCCUGGUGGCGGGGGAUGGGGUACACCGCUUGAGGGUGCAGCGGAUCCUGGCGAUGUGCGGCCUCUCCCGACGCAGUGA